AUGACGUUGCCUGCGCCUAGAGCGCUGGACCUGUCGAGCUUCGACGAUGUUCCACUCUUCAUGCGAGACUUGCCCGCUAGUGAAGCCGAAAAGCCGAGCAACACGACACUGGACGCUCUUCAGACGCUGCUCUACGAUGGCACGCCCGACGAGAUUGCACAGAACCUCAAAAGCCAAGGCAAUGAAUACUACAACGGCAGACGCUACAAGGAGGCUCUUGGAUUCUAUACGCAGGCGAUAGACGAGACGGGCAAGGAGAUUGCGCCCCAAGUGAAGCGCGCAUUGCUGUCCAAUCGUUCGGCUUGUCACCUUGAGCUGGAAAAUGUCUGA